AAAUACAGGAAACCAGUACUUAUUGCAAAAUAAAGAUAAUACAAAAGUUUGCCGUGGUUUCCGGCAAGGAUAGGCUGAGGUUAACACUAAUUCCUGAAAUCGUUUUGGAGAUGAUAAUAUACACCAAUGACACAUGUGCAUAGUAAUCCCUUUAAUUAAACAUCCUUGGCCAAUUUCUUGUGAAAAAAAAAAAAAAACAUCCUUGGCCAAUCGAGAGCUAAAUUUUGGUGCGUUGAGGCUGCACACAGAAUCUUCUAUACACAGGGAGACGUUGCACGGGACUGAAGAUUGUGGUAACACUAAAAGUCGUCGACCAUCAUCUACAGCCGGAGAUCACCUUAUUGAGGUCAUGGAUCCUACAGAAUCCUACAAAACUCUUGUUAAGAAUAUCAAAUCCUUGAACUUUAUUGAAGAAGCUGUACCUUGUGAUUUAUUACUUUAUGGAGAUUCAGCUUUUCCAGUGAUCGUGAAUCCUUUGGGUCAAGUGCUGAUUGCUGCAUCACAGUAUGGAAAGGGACGUCUGGUGGUGAUGACACAUGAAAAUUAUGUCACGAGUCCUAACUUCAGCCAGUUCAUCCAGAAUGCCAUAGAGUGGCUUAAGCCCUCUGCCGACUCACUAGUGGGAAUCCAUAACAAAUUUUCAUCAGUGACUCAGAUGCUGUCUGACAAAGGCCACGUGGUUGAAUCCACCUUUGAUUUCCAGGACAGAUUUGGGGUUUAUUGUGUGAACGCCUAUGAUGACAGUCAGUCCAAUGAGCUCAUUACGGCUUUAAAAGAGGGCAAAGGACUAUUAAUUGCAGGCCAAGCUUGGUACUGGAUGAUCAAAAACAAGUCUAAAAAUGUUUUACUUGAUUAUCCGGGAAACAAAGUGACAAGUGUAGCUGGAAUCCAUUUCUUGAGUGACUACGGACAAAAAGGUGUAUAUGAGCCAACUCCACAAAUCCCUAUAUCAUCACUAAUGGUUAAGUUUGAGUGGGAUCUUUCCAAGGAUCUAAACCAGUUGUUGAACGGGCUCACAGACGUACGACUGCCAGAAAGUGGAUCCCCAUCCCAUCUUAUUGUUCAUGGUCAGAGGGUCUUCCCCCUCAUUCAAGACAAUUCUCAAAAAACAUAUAUAGCAGCUGCUUACUAUGGAAAAGGCAAAGUUGUUGUAGCAACCCAUGAGCAUCAAAUAAGCCAACCCAGUCAAAAAGAGCUGGUCAACAACCUCAUCUCCUGGCUGGAUGAUGGAAGAAGUGGAAAAAUUGGAAUACAGUGGAAUUUACGAGAAAUGAAGGGGUUCCUUGAAGGAGGUUUUGAAAUUCAGCAGUCUGACUUUAACAAAUCCUUCAGUGUUUAUUGCUGUACAUCCUACUCUGAUAAAAAUGCAGAGGACAUGCUGGAGUUUGUUGCUGAAGGAGGAGGACUUCUUAUGGCAGGGCAAGCUUGGCAUUGGGCUUAUCAAAAUUCUGGGAAAGAUUCUCUUAUAGAUUACCCUGGAAAUAAAAUCAUUAACCAAUUUGGGAUCAGUAUUGUGGGUGCUUUAGCUUAUCCAGGUAGUCUUUAUAUUUUAAACACCGAAGAUCAUUCAAGGGGCUAUCAAAGCCGCAAGGCUCUUCACAAGUUAAAGAUGUUGAUGGACACCAGCCAGAAGAUUGAAGAACCUUUGGCAUCUUGGAUAAGGAAGCUGUCAGAAGACUGUGCAACACUUUUGGCUGUAAGAGAUCAAGACAAACAGGCUUUUUAUCAAUAUAAAGGAGCCCUUAUUAAUACACUGCUAAAAUAUGGACUGCCACAUGUAGGUCCAGAUCAGCCUGUUAAAGGUGGAAGCAAGGAAGCCUUUUUAUUGCGUAUUGCAGCUGGGCUUUAUAAUACAUUGCCAAACUUUGAAAAUAUAGUAACAGAACUUAUUCCAGCAACAAGCCUUCCUGCGAGCCCUCCCCAGAGUCUUCAGAUCAACUGUACAAGUAAAGCUAACAUGGCUUUGGAGAGUACAGGACUGUAUGUUCCUCCUGGAAUGACAUCCACAUUGAUUUUCCCAGAAUCUGCCAUUAAUAUCGGCUUACAGGUACAAAUUGGAUGUCAUACAGAUAAUCUCAGUCACCAUCCUGAAAAAAGGCGUGCCCCGAUGGUGGUUCAGAAUUACACCGUAGACAAAGUCAUAUUACCAGUUUCCACAGUGUUUGGUGGCCUUAUAUACAUCCUUGUUCCUGGAAGAUGCAAUCUUGGGAAAAUGCAAAUAUCCAUAAAGGAUGCUGUGCUGGCUCCGCGCUUCAAACAUGGAAAGUAUAUUACAUUCAAGAAAUUUGAUAUUUUAUUUGUUAUAGGUGAAACUAGUGACACCUUAUGGGUUGAACCCAUUUCUAAAUAUCCAUCCCCUUGGGCUGAGCUUGAAUCAAAGAACAUUAUCUUAACUGUCCCAUCAAAUUCAGUUUGUAACCUGGAAAGACCUGGAGAAAUUCUUUCCGUCUGGGACCAGAUCAUGGAAGCGGUUUUGAAACUCUCCGCCUUGCCACCUGUACUUGAUAGAAAGGAAAGGAUUGUAGCAGACACUCAAAUAUCAUCAGGCUGGAUGCAUUCCGGUUAUCCCAUCAUGUGUCAUCUGAAUUCUGUUGACGCCCUGGUGUCCGUUAAGAACAUUAAACCAGAUAUGUGGGGUGCUGUUCAUGAACUCGGGCACAACUGGGAGACAAGAGAAUGUACGAUUCCUCCGCACACUAGUGAGGCCUUCUGUAACCUGUGGCCUGUCUAUGUGUAUGAAAAUGUUUUGGGGAUUCCAAGAGAGAAGGCUCAUGGUGAUCUCCAACCACACGUAAGAGAGGGAAGGAUAAGGAAAUAUUUAGAAGGCGGAGCUCUGCUGGACAACUGGAAUACAUGGGUCUGUUUGGAAACGUAUCUACAGCUUCAAGAAGGUUUCGGUUGGGAGCCAUACAUCGGGCUUUUCUCAGACUAUAGAAACAUCAAAAACAUCAAGAAAGACAAGACAUCCAAGAUGAACCUUUGGGCUGAAUUAUUCUCACAAAAAGUGCAGAAGAAUUUGGUCCCAUUCUUUAAAGCUUGGGGUUGGCCCAUUGAAAAGGACCUCAGUGAUACACUUUCCUCCUUGCCGGAAUGGGCAGAAAACCCAAUGAAGAAAUUUACUCUGUAAAUACCAGUAAGACUGGGUCUCCGCAUAGCCAAAGUAGGCCAAGCUUUUGUAAUUUGGGUCAAAAAUUUAAAUUUUUAAGACAUUCAUUCAAUUUUGUAAUGGUCAAUAGGGGCAAAAUAUCAGUAAUUUUUGACUGCAGUGAUGAAAAUUUGUAUAAACGAUUGAGAGAACAUCUAACUGUGUAUGGCCAGAUUAACCACUUAAGCUCCGGACCAUUUCACUGGCCAAAGACCAGGCCACUUUUUGCGAUUCGGCACCGCG